CACUGUAACGAGUCAUUCUGUAUCCGGGUGACAACAACUAUCGUUGACAUCCUAAGCAGCGCUUAUACCUAUCACCCAGCUUUUCCAGACUGACACAUAAAUAGCAGUUCUAAAUAGGUGUCUGGUGUUAUAUCACCUGUCCCAUCAUAGAAUAGCUUUGGUAUUCAGGAGUCUGGAGAAGCUGGAUGACAGUCUGUGAUGGUGGGCAUGUUGAAGGUGGUGUGAAUUGUACUAGCCAUGUAUGCUGCAGCACAGCUUGCAGUGAGAAGUAUAACCCACAGCGUCUUCAGAUCACCAUAGUGACUAGGACAUUAUAGCACGUCACAGCAACCUGAUCCCUGGUGACUGCCAAUCAUGUGAAAUGGUGCCUGACCAGCCCUGCCUGUCUGUCUUCUUCCUCCGGUAUGAUUGGGCCAUGGGGAUGCCCCUCAGGUAACAGGUUACUAGCUGAAUGCAGGUAGUGGAGAGAAAGAUACACAAGUAUUGGGAGCCGCCAGUCUACUGUGUAACAGCAUCCAUCAAAAACGUUGUCCCAUGAAGGAUUUGCAAGGAUUCAAGUGUAUACAGGCCCCAUACUCUCAUACUUAUUAACCACUGUGCGGCUCUAGAGAUCCCGUACAGGCAAUAGCAGAUCAGAUGAUCACACCCACACCCUGCUCAGGUUGGUCCGCAGGACAAAGUUCUCAUGUAAUAUAAUAAGCACACAACUCUUGUCUGCACCUACCUCCUGAGUUCCAGCUGGAGGAUAGGUCUUCCUUGACAGCCCAGUGCAUUUAAAUGUACUGUUACAUUCUUUCUCUUCCACGUCAGUCAUCCAUCAAGGUCCCAAGAAUAACCUCUUGAGAUCUCCACCGGACUGUCAUAAGACAUGGCUAACAAUACAAUCACCAUAUCAAGAGAGGAACUUGAAGAUCUCAAGGAAGCUUUUGAUAAAGUUGAUGCUGACAACAGUGGAUAUGUCAAUGACUAUGAACUUCAAGAUUUGUUCAAAGAAGCCAACCUGCCACUGCCUGGCUACCGGGUGCGAGAAAUUGUAGAGAAGAUAUUUAAAGCAGCUGACUGUAAUAAAGACGGAAAAAUUGAUUUUGAAGAGUUUGUGUUGUUAUUCCAAGACCUGAAAAGUAAAGAUGUGUGCCGAACCUUCCGAAAAUCAAUCAAUAAAAGAAUGGGCAUAACAGCAAUAGGAGGGACCUCUGCUAUAUCCAACCAGGGAACACAGCAUUCCUAUUCAGAUGAGGAAAAAGUGGCUUUUGCUAACUGGAUAAACAAAGCUUUAAAAGAGGACCCUGAUGUUAAGCACCUUCUGCCUAUGGACCCUUCCAACAACAGCCUCUUCACAUCACUGAGGGAUGGCAUUCUGCUAUGCAAAAUGGUAAAUUUGUCCCAGCCGGAUACAAUUGAUGAAAGAGCUAUUAACACGACAAAGCUAACCCCAUUUACCAUUUCAGAAAACAUUAACUUAGCUCUGAAUUCAGCCUCCGCCAUUGGUUGUACAGUGGUGAACAUUGGUGCUAACGAUUUAAAAGAAGGAAAGCCUCAUUUGGUCCUGGGCCUGUUAUGGCAGAUUAUUAAAGCUGGAUUGUUUGCUGACAUUGAGAUCUCCAAAAAUGAAGCAUUGAUUGCAUUAUUGAAAGAUGGAGAGACACUGGAAGACUUAAUGAAACUAUCUCCUGAAGAGCUCCUACUACGCUGGGUGAAUUACCACCUGACUAAUGCUCAGUGGCCAAACAUAACCAACUUCAGCCGAGAUAUUAAGGAUUCUAAAGCUUAUUUCCACUUGUUGCGGGAAAUUUCCCCCAAGGAUGGUAUUAAUGAUGCAUUCAUAGACUUCUCCGGUUUUAAUGAGCCCAAUGAUCUGAAAAGGGCUAACUACAUGCUGAACCAAGCAGACAAACUGGGCUGCAGACAAUUUGUGACACCGUCUGAUGUUGUUUCUGGAAACCCUAAACUGAACUUGGCUUUUGUAGCAAAUCUGUUUAAUAUGUAUCCAGCUCUGAGCAAAGCCAAUGGCUACGAUUUCCUGAACCAAAUAGAAGGGGAAACCAAUGAGGAGAGGACAUUUCGCAACUGGAUUAAUUCACUUGGUGUGAACCCCUAUGUAAACCAUUUAUACAGUGACUUAACAGACUCUCUGGUGAUCUUUCAGCUGUAUGACCGAACACGAGUGCCAGUUGACUGGGGUCGUGUUAAUAAACCUCCGUUUGCUGCAUUAGGUGGACAUAUGAGAAAGAUAGAGAAUUGUAAUUAUGCCAUAGAGCUGGGAAAGAACAAGGCAAGAUUCUCAUUAGUUGGUAUUUGCGGGCAUGACCUGCAUGAAGGGAACCACACACUCACCCUGGCCCUAGUCUGGCAACUAAUGAGGAGGUAUACAUUAAAUGUCCUAUCAGAUCUCGGAGAGGGUGCGAAGAUUGAUGACAGAACUAUUAUUAAUUGGGUGAAUGAAACACUGAGUAAUGCCGGAAAGACCACAUUCAUCAGCAGCUUUAAGGAUAAGUCCAUUAGCACUAGCCUGCCUGUACUCGACUUAAUUGAUGCCAUUGCUCCUAAAGCUGUGAAUCCAGAUAUGGUCAAAAGAGAAAAUCUUUCAGAUGAAGACAAAAUGAAAAAUGCUAAGUACGCUAUUUCCGUUGCCAGGAAGAUUGGAGCCCGAAUAUAUGCCCUGCCUGAUGACUUAUUAGAAGUUAAACCAAAGAUGGUGAUGACAGUGUUUGCUUGUCUCAUGGGAAGAGGACUAAACAAGUUAAAAUAAUACAGAUGUAUUUGUCCCCCACUGUUUUAUUGCCAUUUCAAGUAUGUAGAGUGCCUCCAGGGAACAGAACUGUGCUGCCCAUCAGUUAUAAACUAUGAUACAUGUUAAAUGUACACAAUGACAGAAAUGAAAUACACUGCUCAAAAAAAUAAUGGGAACACUUAAACAAUGUAACUCCAAAUCAAUCACACUUCUGUGAAAUCACACCGUCCACUCAGGAAGAAACGCUGAUUGACAAUCAAUUUCACAUUUUUGUGUGCAAAUGGAACAGACAACAGGUGGAAAUUAUAGGCAAUUAGCAAGACACCCCCAAUAAAGGUGUGGUUCUGCAAGUGGUGGCUCAUGUUUUGGUCACUUUUGAAUGCUGGCGGUGCUUUCACUCUAGUGGUAGCAUGAGACAGAGUCCACAGCCCACACAAGUGGCUCAGGUAGUGCAGCUCAUCCAGGAUGGCACAUCAAUGCAAGCUGUGGCAAGAAGGUUUGCUGUGUCUGUCAGCGUAGUGUCCAGAGCAUGGAGGGGCUACUGGGAGACAGGCCAGUACAUCAGGAGACGUGGAGGAGGCAGUAGGAGGGCAACAACCCAGCAGCAGGACCGCUACCUCUGCCUUUGUGCAAGAAGAAGUACUGCCAGAGCCCUGUAAAAUUACCUCCAGCAGGCCACAAAUGUGCAUGUGUCCACUCAAAUGGUCAGAAACAGAUUCCAUGAGGGUGGUAUGAGAACCCGAUGUCCACAGGUGAGGGUUGUGCUUACAGCUUAACACCUUGCAGGAUAUUUGGCAUUUGCCAGAGAACACCAAGAUUGGCAAAUUCGUCACUGGCGCCCUGUGCUCUUCACAGAUGAAAGCAGGUUCACACAGAGCACAUGUGACAAACGUGACAGAGUCUCGGAACGCUGUGGAGAAUGUUCUGCUGCCUGAAACAUCCUUCAGCAUGACCGGUUGGCGGUGGGUCAGUAAUGGUGUGGGGUGGCAUUUCUUUGUGGAGCCGCACAGCCCUUCAUGUGCUUGCCAAAGGUAGCGUGACUGCCAUUAGGUACAGAGAUGAAAUCAUCAGACCCCUUGUGAGACCAUAUGCUGGUGCGGUUGGGCCUGGGUUCCUUCUAAUGCAAGACACUUCUAGACCUCAUGUGGCUGGAGUGUGUCAGCAGUUCCUUCAAGAGGAAGGCAUUGAUGCCAUGGACUGGCCCACCCGUUCCCCAGACCGGAAUCCGAUUGAGCACAUCUGGGACAUCAUGUCUUGCUCCAUCCACCAACGCCACAUUGCCACGUUGCUUUAGUCCAGGUCUGGGAGGACAUCCCUCAGGAGACCAUCCACCACCUCAUCAGGAGUAUCCCCAGGCAUUGUAGGGAGGUCAUACGGGCACGUGGAGGCCACACACACACUACUGAGCCUCAUUUUGACUUGUUUUAAGGACAUUACAUCAAAGUUGGAUCAGCCUGUAGUGUGGUUUUCCACUUUGAUUUUGAGUGUGACUCCAUAUCCAGACCUCCAUGGGUUGAUAAAUUUGAUUUCCAUUGAUAAUUUUUGUGUGAUUUUGUUGUCAGCACAUUCAACUAUGUAAAGACGAAAGUAUUUCAUACGAUUAGUUCAUUCAUUCAGAUCUAGGAUGUGUUAUCUUAGUGUUCCCUUUAUUUUUUGAGCAGUGUACAAUGUUCAUUCUUCUGAUAACAUAUGUAAUAAUAUUAAAUAAUUUAUGUUCAUUGUUUAAUGAUUAAUUAUAAUUCCAGUUCCCUACUAUAGACCGACGUGGUUGAACUUGUCACCAGUUUUCUUUGUAGGAUAGAUAUCCAUAUGGCUGGCCUGCUGGUCUUAUUCCUUACCAGAUCAUUUGUACAAUCCUGGCAUCAGACCCCAACCAAUCACAUAUUCAUGGCCUAUCCCAAGGAUAAGCCAUCCAUGUAUAUUUUUGGAAAACCCCUUAAAGAUGUCUGUGCAAAUAAUAGAAUGUGAGAAAGAAAAACUUUGGUCAGUGAAUUUGAGAUGAGUAGAUGAAUGCAAGUGUAAUAGAGUUUUAAUGCACAACAUAUGCUUCACCUUUCAGUUUUCCCCACUGCAACAAGAAGCAAUAAUAAAUGUGACAUAUUGUCCAUCAA